UAUCGUCACUGUCAUACUAAACGCUGCUUCUUCUUGCGCCCGCUCGGCAAAAAUUGUACACGUUUUUCUUUUCGAAAAGUGCAUUUACCCUUUUUUUUUUGCUAAAGGCUACGGAUUAAAAGAUGGCCCUCACGUCGCGCUUCUAUAACGAGCGGUACCCAGAAAUCGAGGAUGUCGUCAUGGUGAACGUGCUUUCCAUCGCCGAGAUGGGCGCCUACGUCCAUCUGCUGGAGUACAACAACAUCGAGGGCAUGAUUCUGCUUUCGGAGUUGUCCCGUCGUCGUAUCCGCUCUAUCAACAAGCUAAUCCGCGUGGGCAAGACCGAGCCAGUGGUGGUCAUCCGUGUGGACAAGGAGAAGGGCUACAUUGAUCUGUCCAAGCGUCGUGUUUCGCCCGAGGAUGUGGAAAAGUGUACCGAGCGUUUCGCAAAGGCCAAGGCAAUCAAUUCGCUGCUCCGCCAUGUCGCCGACAUUCUCGGCUACGAGGGCAACGAAAAACUGGAGGAGCUCUACCAGAAGACCGCCUGGUACUUCGAGAAGAAAUACAACAGCAAAACGGUCGCCUACGACAUCUUCAAGCAAUCGGUAACCGAUCCAUCUGUGUUUGACGAGUGUAAUCUGGAUACGGAGACCAAGGAGGUGUUACUGAGCAACAUUAAGCGCAAGUUAGUCUCGCCCACGGUCAAGAUCCGGGCAGACAUCGAAUGCUCCUGUUACGGCUAUGAGGGCAUUGACGCCGUCAAGGCAUCGCUCACCAAGGGCCUGGAGCUCAGCACCGAGGAGCUGCCUAUCCGCAUUAACCUGAUAGCACCGCCACUCUAUGUUAUGACCACUUCCACCACAAAGAAAACAGACGGUCUGAAGGCCCUGGAGGUGGCCAUUGAGAACAUACGCGCCAAGAUCAUCGAGUAUGAAGGCGAGUUCAAGGUGAUAAUGGCGCCCAAACUGGUCACCGCCAUCGACGAGGCAGAUCUGGCCCGACGACUGGAACGCGCUGAGGCCGAGAACGCCCAGGUGGCUGGCGAUGAUGACGAGGAGGAUGGCGCCGACCAGGAGGGCAUGCAGUUUGAUCCGGAGAAGGAAUUCAAUCACAAGGGCUCGGCGGCGGGUCGUGCAAACGAAGAGGACGAGGACGAGGAAGAGGAUUAGCAUAGCCACAGAAUCAGACACAACUAUAGCAACUGUAACAAACGAUUAAUUGAGUUUUGCAAAAAUAAAACCAGACAUAUGCGCAUGGUGUAUGCUUGUGAACGGUAGAACCGUGUGUGGAACCUUUGGAGCCUUCAGCAGACCAGAAGUUGUAAUUUUAUAAUUUAUAUACAUACUAUAACGAAAUGCUAUUAAAGAUUUACAAAGAGAAAACAGCGAUAUGCCCGAGAAGACAAA